GAGCGAGAGACGUAGAAGGGCGCAUGCGUAUGGGAGAGAAGGUGAUCCCGGUCGGGGGGCCUGCCGGACGAAAUGGCCUCUGCGUAUCUCACUCAUCAGCAGAAAGUGCUCAGGCUUUACAAGAAGGCUCUGCGGCACCUUGAGUCCUGGUGCAUAUUCAGGGAUAAGUACCGCUUCUAUGCCUGUGUGCUGCGAUCCCGCUUCGACGAGAACAAGAAUGAGAAGGACAUGGUGAAAGCCACGCUGAUGCUGAAAGCUGGAGAGGAGGAGUUCUGGGCAAAUCAACACCCUCAGCCCUACCUCUUCCCAGACUCCCCUGGGGGCACCUCCUACGAGCGAUACGAGUGUUACAAGGUCCCCGAAUGGUGUCUGGAUUACUGGCAUCCCUCGGAGAAGGCCGUGUACCCGGAUUACUUCUCCAAGCGGGAGCAGUGGAAAAUGCUCCGGGAGAAGAGCUGGGAUCGGGAGGUGCAACAACUGCAGGAAGAGACUCCUGCGGGGGGCCCCAAGACUGAGGCCCUGCCCCCGGCCCGCAGGGAGGGCGAUCUCCCCCCUCUGUGGUGGCAGUACGUCACUAGGCCCAGGGAGCGGCCAGUCUGAGCGCCCCCACUACAAAGGGGAAGUUGAACAUGCCUGGAUGUACAUAGAACAUGGGUAUUCAGUUUCAGGAACUGACCCCCUAAACACAUUAAAGUACCGUUAUGAUGCCA